CAGGCUCCCAAGGCGGAGUUAUUCACGGCUUCUCCAGUGAAGUCACAGGGGGGAGCAACCACGGAUACAACUCUGUAAAUAACAAGAUAUCUCCGCCAUCCGCUUACUCAGGCUGAUCAGGUCUCAACUCAACGAGUUACUCCUAUUCCUAGAUCGUGAGCCUCACUCUGCACCUGAACACUUCAACGCCUUAGAUAUCUCCUUACCAUGGCCACCUUCUCUCGCCUCGUCCGCUUCCUAGCCCGGGAUGGCCGUACCUACUACGGAGAUGCCAUCCUGCCUCGCGGCAUCAGCGACAUCAGCAAGGCCCGCCAAGCCCGCAUCAUCACCGGGGAUAUCUUUGGCAAACACGACGUUACCGACCAGGUCGCCGACAUCCGGACGCUCCUGGCCCCCUUGGCUCCGGAGGAUGUCCGGACGGUGCGGUGUCUGGGGUUGAACUACGCCGCUCACGCAAAGGAGUCCAACAUGCCCAUCCCGCAAUACCCCGUCAUCUUCUACAAACCGGCGACCGCCCUCACCGGCCCCACGGACCCGAUCCCCAUCCACCCCAUCGCGCAGCAGCACAGCGGGCUGGACUACGAGUGCGAGAUGGUGGUGGUGAUCGGCAGGCGCUGCGCCGACGUGCCCGAGGCGCGCGCCCUCGACCACGUGCUGGGCUACGCCGUCGGCAACGACGUGUCGCACCGCGACUGGCAGCUCAAGCUCGGCGGCGGGCAGUGGUCGCUGGGCAAGGGGUUCGACGGGUGGGCGCCGUUUGGGCCGGGGAUUGUGAGCCCUGCUGCUGGUAAAAGUGGUGGUGGUGGUGGUGGCAGUGGUGGUGGUGCGGGUGGUGGGAUUGUGGAUCCGCAGGCGCUGGCGAUUCGGACGAGGGUGAAUGGGCUGGUGGUGCAGGAGAGCACGACCGCCGAUAUGGUGUUUGGCGUGGCCAGGACGGUGGCGUUUUUGAGUCGGGGGACGACGCUUAUGCCGGGGGAUGUUAUUUUUACGGGGACUCCGCAGGGCGUCGGCAUGGGCAGGAACCCGCAGGUCUGGUUGAAGGAUGGCGAUGUUGUCGAGGUCGAGCUCGAGGGUGUCGGGACUUGCACGAACAAGGUCGAGUUCAGCCCUCUGAGGGAUGCUAAGCUGUGAUGGGUUGGGUGGCU